CACAACCUAGAAACCUACAUCUCAACCUCCCAACAACAAUUCCCAACUAACACAUCUCAUUUCAACUCAACAUCCUCCUCCUUAGACCAUCAUGGUUAACUACCCACCCUCAGAAACCCCAAUAACAACCAUCGGCCUACGCGAGAUCUGCCACUUCAACGGCCACACCUUCAAACGGCUCCGAGGGACUCAACAAUGGACAGAGACAACCACCAGCCAUCCCUCUCCAAGCAAUAACCCUCCAACCACACAGUCUCCACCGCUAUACCUCUCUCUAGUCCAGCACGCCCAAGACGAUGACGAACCCCUCCACUGGUCACUCUUCAUAGCUUACGAAAACCAACCCGGCCACGAAUACCAAGUCACCGGCGAUGCAGAGCACAUGACAUACCAGCCGUCAAAAACCCACACCGACGUAGUCAACUCAGACUGGUUUCUGACCUUAUACAAUCUGGCCAUCAUCACAGAGGAGCAGAGUGAGGCUGUCAAGCAGGUCGCCGAGAGCGAGCAGCCUCCCUGGGCAAAUAAUCGGCGGGAGGUCACGGAGAAUUGUCAGGGGUGGACGGUGCGAGUCAUUGCCAGACUGGUGGAUAUUGGCAUCGUGCCAAUCGAGAAACUUGAGAUGGCCAAGUCUAUGGUCGAGCCUGUUUGAGCGAAGAAAGGGGGGGGAAGUUCAUCAUUAUUACGCAGCAAAAUUGUAUUCGGGGCUUGGAGAUUGUUCAUUAUGUUAUUUGAUGUAUCUCAAAGCUAUGGCUUAUCUAGGUACGAUGAUUACCCGCCAGCGCUGUCAAUUUAUCUGCAGGCAAUCAAUAGCAAACAUCAGGCAAUAUAUUGCAAAACUUUUACACUAGG